AUGACACCGUUGCCGUUUUGUCCCACAGCCGGAUUACUUGAAACGAGGGACCUAUUGAAUUUUAAUGCAACUGUAGAAUGCGAACCGCCAAAUAGACACUUGUAUGAAUUCAAUGGCGUGCUAAAAGUGAGAGGCCAACUUGCCGUUGCGUUGGGGCCAGAUCAAUUUCUGCAACGUGGUGCAAUUCUUCGAAAUACGGCUUGGGUGUUUGGCGUCGUCAUAUACACAGGACACGAUUCAAAACUUAUGAGAAAUUCUACCUCAGCGCCCUUAAAGCGUUCUACUGUUGACAGACUGACAAAUACGCAGAUUUUGAUGUUAUUUAUAAUGCUAGUAGCGCUUUGCUUAAUAAGUGCUAUAUUCAGUGAAUUCUGGACGAAGCGUAAUAAACAAAGUAAUUUCUAUCUCAGAAUUGAUGAUGUUAUAAGCAGAAGUUUCGGAUAUAAUCUCCUAACUUUUAUAAUUCUUUACAAUAAUUUAAUUCCAAUAUCACUUCAAGUUACAUUAGAACUGGUUCGAUUCAUGCAAGCUAUUUUCAUAAAUUUCGAUGUGGAAAUGUAUCAUGAAGAAACCGAUACACCAGCGAUGGCCCGAACUUCAAAUCUUAAUGAAGAACUUGGCAUGGUCAAGUAUAUAUUUUCUGAUAAAACAGGAACGCUUACUAGAAAUGUAAUGGAAUUUAAAAAGUGUUCGAUUGCUCGUUCGAUUUACACCGUUGAAGAAACACCUGAGGCAUCAGUACUAGUCCAGAAUAUUCGAAAUAAACAUCAAACUUUGCCAAUAAUUGAAGAGUUUUUAACUCUAUUGGCAGUCUGUCACACAGUAAUUCCAGAAAAGGAAGAAAACGGUAAGAUGGUCUACCAUGCAGCUAGUCCAGAUGAACGUGCUCUCGUUAAUGGCGCCAUGAAUUUCGGCUAUGUAUUUGAAAUGCGAACGCCGAAUACGGUUGAAAUAGAUGCACUUGGUAAACGGGAGCGAUAUGAAAUUUUAAAUGUUUUGGAGUUUACUUCAGCUCGAAAGAGAAUGUCGGUUAUAGUUCGAAAUGCUAAAGGAGAAAUUAAGUUGUAUUGUAAGGGUGCUGAUACUGUGAUUUAUGAACGAUUGGCACCAAAUGGUCAAGCUUUUCGUGAUAUAACACUUCGACACUUGGAAGAUUUUGCGACCGAAGGUUUGCGUACACUUUGCUGUGCCGUUGCCGUAAUACCUGAAGAUAUUUAUACAGAAUGGAAGGAAACUUACCACAAAGCAUCAACCGCCAUGCAAUUUCGUGAACAAAAGGUUGAAGAUGCCGCAAAUUUAAUUGAACAUAAUUUAAUAUUACUCGGUGCCACCGCAAUUGAAGAUAAGCUACAAGACGGAGUACCUGAAACAAUCGCCGCCCUGCUGAAGGCUGACAUCAAUAUGUGGGUGUUGACUGGAGAUAAGCAAGAAACGGCCAUAAAUAUUGGAUAUUCGUGUAAACUAAUUUCACAAGGAAUGGAUUUAAUCAUUUUGAAUGAAGAGAGUUUAGACAACACAAGAGAGUGUAUAGGUCGCCACAGUGCCGAUUUUGGAGAACAUUUACGUACUCAGAACAAUGUCGCCCUAAUUAUUGAUGGAACAACACUAAAAUAUGCAUUAAGCUGUGAUCUUCGACGAGAAUUUUUGGAUCUAUGCAUUUCGUGUAAAGUAGUGAUUUGUUGUCGAGUAUCACCAAUUCAAAAAGCUGAAGUUGUUGAUUUAGUGACAACAAAUACCAACUGUGUAACUUUGGCCAUUGGCGAUGGUGCCAACGAUGUUGCUAUGAUACAAAAGGCCCACGUCGGUGUGGGAAUUUCAGGCUGUGAAGGAUUACAGGCGGCUUGCGCAUCUGAUUAUUCAAUAGCACAAUUUCGAUUUUUAUUGCGGUUGCUUCUGGUUCACGGAGCAUGGAAUUAUAGUCGAAUGUGCAAAUUGAUUUUGUACAGUUUCUAUAAAAAUGUAUGUUUAUAUGUCAUUGAACUGUGGUUUGCCAUAUAUUCAGGAUGGUCGGGUCAAAUCAUAUAUGAACGAUGGACAAUUGGCUUAUAUAAUGUAUUCUUCACGGCUUUGCCUCCAUUCGCCAUCGGUAUUUUUGAUAAAGUCUGUUCAGCAGAGACAAUGCUUAAAUAUCCAGCUCUGUAUAAGCCAUCACAAAGUGCACAGUUAUUCAAUGUACGUGUCUUCUGGAUAUGGAUUUGCAACGCAUUGAUUCAUUCAAUAAUAUUGUAUUGGGCACCAAUGCUUGCAUAUGGCAACGAAAUAAUUUGGGGUAAUGGAAAAAGUGGUGAUUAUCUUGUACUAGGCAAUAUAGUUUAUACGUAUGUCGUUGUGACUGUAUGCUUGAAAGCAGGGUUGAUCACUAAUCAUUGGACUUGGCUUACUCAUUUAUCUAUUUGGGGGUCAAUUCUGUUGUGGUUUUUGUUUAUGAUAAUUUAUAGUAAUUUCUGGCCAGCAGUACCGCUCGCAGCUGUAUUUACGGGAAUGGAUAAAUUAUUGUUUACUUCUCCCGUAUUUUGGCUAGGAUUAUUCAUUAUACCGAUGGCUGCAAUACUCUUCGACAUCACAAUCAAAGCCACACACAAUACAGUCUUCAAAACAUUAACCGAAGCAGUGAGAGAGUCCGAAAUCCGUAAACACGAUCCAAGUCUUGUCCUUAAGGAAUCUAGAUCAUCAACAAUGCAUGCACUGGGAAAUUUAGUCAGGUAUUAACUGAAACUGCACGACUAUUACGGAAUGUUAGAAAUGUGUUUAGCAGACGAUCAAACACGAGAGUUAAUAUGGAAAUUGAACUAUCCC